CGCAGGUUGACCACAACCUUCACUUGGGAUUGACGAGCGACGCCGGGCAGCCUCUGCGCUCGGAUCCCUUCAGCCCCUCCGGCUGCGUCUGCGCAAGUUUCGCCGCCGGUCUUAGGCCGGGUUCGUCAAUUUAGCAUCGUAAGGCUCGAGCAGUUCGCGAUAUAUCUCGCGUAGCUUCUAGUGUGUCCCCGCUCCGCACUAUUAACAGCCUGACCUUACGCUAGGUCCCUGGCGUCUCCCUGGAGAUUUCACCGCCCAACAUGCGCCCUGCCAAACCCGAAUCCGACGGCGGUGCUACGAAUAUCGAUCGAUCGCAACGCCGCAAGGUCCACGACAAUGUUAAGCCGAUCAAGAAUAGGUGGGAAGACUGGCCACCGACAAGCGGACCAGCGCUCGCUGAGCACCAGAGGGUAGGCUACCGCAUGGACUUAAUCGCACACACGGCGAGCGAGUCUGCAAACGGUACUAGUCCCCAGACUCUGUCAACGCUCAUGCGUUACGAGCGAGCUGCUAGUCCGCUCAAGGGAGCCCUUGAGUAUACGUUGCGAGCUGUUACUCCUCUCAUGGGAGCAUUGAACCAUACGUUUCGAGCUGGAGUCCCGCUGCCGGGGACAUCUUUCAAAUACGUUACCUUUCAUACAUGCGGAGGAUGCCAUGGGGUCUUUUGGAAAGUGGUUUCACGCGGACAUGCUUUCCUACGCUGUCCGCCCCCCCUCCCUCCACCGGAGCCAUACACGACAGGGCAGACUCAAUAGUCGCUGCAUACUUCGAUACUCUACGGUCGACUAUGACGCGGCUACUGACGUUGUGCACUGAUUGUGGCUUCUUUCCACCUUACCACAUAGCCCUCACUGCUGUCGCUCUUUCGAUAUGCUCUUUUAUUGUGUUCCUGGUUUUGUAAACCCCGUCACACUCCUUCGAUGCGUGUCCUUUCAAAUGUCGGUGGUGUUGACGGUUAAUAGCUAGUUAUUGCAUUUCAUAUUAGUCCUUCUCAACCUCCUUGUGCACAUCACUUUAUUCAGCUAG